AUGUCCUGCUUCCAAUUGCCACUACAGAUCAUAAAGAAGCUUCAAAGCGCCAUUGCAAACUUUUGGUGGAGUAAUAAGCAGAAUAGUAGAGGCCUUCAUUGGAUUGCUUGGGACAAGAUUUGUCUUCCUCUUGACAAGGGUGGCCUCGGAUUUAGAGACCUCCGGCUGUUUAAUCUAGCCCUUUUAGCAAAACAGCUGUGGCGUCUUAUUCAAUUCCCUGAGUCUUUACUUGCACGGGUCCUGAAAGGAAGAUAUUACAGAAAUGCCUUCCCACUUGAUGUAGAGAAAUCGAAUAACCCCUCAUUUGGCUGGAGAAGUAUGCUUGCGGCAAAAGACCUCCUGAAAACAGGGUUGAGACGCUCCAUUGGUAAUGGAGAAAAUACGUACGUGUGGAAAGACUCUUGGCUCCCAACGGAACCCCCGCGAGCCCCUAUAGACUGUGGUUUUGUCCACAAUCCCCUUCUACGAGUCUCACAGCUACUGGACCCGGUUACAAAGGAGUGGAAUCUGGAUAAGCUUACCGAGAUGAUGGAUGUGGAGGAUAUAGAGUGCAUUUUAACUAUCAAAGCCAGUCGAAUGAAUCGACCCGAUGGCUUUUGCUGGUCUUUCACGAAAUCUGGUCUUUACUCGGUUAAAUCAGGGUAUCAACUCGCAGUCCAAAUGAAAGAUCUCCUUGACCCCCUUCAUAAUCUCCAACCAAGUGUGGAUGCAAUAAAAGCAAAGAUUUGGUCGCUCAAAACCUCGCGUAAGAUAAAACACUUCAUCUGGCAAUCUGUGGCUGGGUGCUUGCCAGUCCGGGAUCGACUAGUUAAUAGACAUUGUGGCCAAGAUCGAAUCUGUCCAAGGUGUGGCAUCGAGGACGAGACCAUCAAUCAUUUACUCUUUGAAUGUCCCUCUGCGGUACAGACCUGGGCCAUGUCUGAUAUAACACAGCCUCCGGGAGUGUUCCCGUGUAAAGCCUUGUUCCCCAAUUUUGACUAUCUCUUGUGGAGAGCUACGGAAGCGGACGUGAUGCCCCUGGAUAUCAUACAACUAGCAAUCGCGGAAACGGAUGCAUGGCAAGUGGCACAAGUGGUCUCCGAAGCCCUUGACACACAGCCGACCGCAACGACAAACCCUAUCGCUCAGACAACUGUUAUAUACCCAAGAUGCCAGGUAGAUGCAUCAUGGAUAUAUAAUAACGCUUAUUUUGGGGGUGGCCUCGUACUUGACUUGGCAGAGGACGUAUGUACUACAGGAUCCUUUGCGAACCCGCAGGUGCUAACACCACUACAUGCGGAGUUCCGAGUGUUGAUAUGGGCAAUGACAAUGGUCACGCAGCUCGGGUAUUACUCGAUGGUUUUUGAAUCCGACUGCCUCCAGCUAGUCAAGCUCAUAGAAGAAGAUGAUGAAUGGCCCUCGCUGGCCUCAGAGUUCGAAGAAUUUCAUUCUAUUCGACUUAGUUUCACUCUCUUUUCACUUUCCUUUGUUCCUCGUACUUUAAAUUUCCGUGCCGACGCCCUUGCAAAAGAGGCCCGGACACGAGCGUUUGUCUUUUCCCAUGUAAACACUUUCACGGCCACUGGAAUAGUUCUCGCAACUAAUCCAAAUGGCAUCGAUUAA